AUCUCGGUUGAACAACAACUCUGCGAUCUCAACCUCAUACUAUUCUUUCACGAUCAUGGCACAUUACCAAGCUAAUAUGGUUCAGUCAAACUCCCUGCGUCGUCGGCUCCUUCAAGACAUCGCAGAGACCAAGCAAGAUCCAUAUCCUAAUGUCAACCUCAAGUUCAAUGACAACGACGUCACGAAGGCGUGCCUCGUCCUCACUCCGGAUAGACAGGAGCCGCUCCACCUCACGAUCAGCUUUCCAGACCGAUAUCCACUGAUUGCGCCAGAAAUCAAGAUUCAAAGUCAAAUCAUUCAUCCCAAUGUCUUCGGUGACUACAUUUGUGCUACGAUGCUUAAUACUAAAGAGGGUUGGACACCAGCGUAUACCUUGAAGGGUAUCGUCAUUCAAUUAUUAAGCUUCUUCUGCAGCGACUCCCUCGAGCAGGACCAUGGUAACAAUACCAUCAACUUGACUCAGUACCGGCAGCAAGUUACUCAGGCAGAUGGGAGACUUACACAUCAGUUCGUAUGCUAUUCUUGUGGAUUCGGAAUCAGCUCAUCGUCGACACGGACUGAUGAAAUGGAGGUCGACUCAGCGCCCGUGCCCACUCUUGUAUCUCUUCCACUACGACAUCCAAAUCCGCUCUCAAGGUUGUUCAUGCUAUCAGAUGAGAUCGUUCUCGCAUUACUCACUGAGCUCGAGACUCGUGACAUUCUGGCCUUUGCCGAGGCUAUUCCUUCCAUCAAGACCAUGGUCAGCUCGUACGACUUUAUUCGGAUCCGCGAAUUACAAUGCUUUUGCCUUAAGCGAUCAUUCCUGAACAGCAAGCUCGGCAUAGGCGUCUCCACCAAGAGCGGCAAUCGGUCAGUCUUCCGAUCCGAGUUCGAUCUGUUGAGUUGGGAGGCAUUCUCCGUAUACGGUGUCCGAAACAGUGUUCAGGGUGUUUCUUUCGACAACUGGCUACCUAUGCCGCUCAGCCGACGUCAUUGGAAUCAAGUCAAGACGGAGGUGAAUGCAUGCCUCCGGAACAUUCACAACACCGCGACCAUGCCCAGCCAUGAGCCUUACCAUGUGGACGUAUUGUAUCGCAUGAUGAACACGGUUGUCGUUCAGUUCUCAUCCGAUGCGGAAAAAGGUUAUGCUGGUCCUGAUGAACGUAGCACCCUAAGUCACGCAUCGGAAAAAGCCGUUGACGCCUAUUUCGGUCUCUUUCAUCUGUUGCUAUGCCUUGCAACCGAGCAUGAGGAGAUUGUCGUUAGUGCUAACAAGAUCAUCCAGCGUUUUAUGGUCGGCCCGCGUACGAAGACGCAGUUCCCUGAUCUUGGCCAUGUACUGAUAGCGACUCUCAUCUGCGAUGCGGGGUUGACCGAAGAACUGACGUACGAAGUCAUCCGAGAAGCAAUUUUACGCAACGUUGUAUGGAUGCUCGACGAGAAAGGUGCUGGUAUGGCUGAGCUUGCAUACCUGGAGCCUUCAGCGAUCUCCAGAUACCGUACCAAGAUGACGUACGCUGCCUCGCCCACCUCGUACCGCCUCAUCAUGUUCAUGAAAAUGUUCAGCUCAGCAGCUCGCCCGCCCAACAAGAAUCUUAUCGAGCUACGCGACUCCUUGUUCGACGCGCAUGGGGCUCCUCCGCAAGGCACAUCAACGCGCAUGGCUGAGGACAUCCGUGAGAUCCACGAGUUCAACACCUUUCCGCAGUUCCUGGCUAAGAUGGGUCUUAAGGAACUCCCGUCCCAGUCACAGUUCACAGCGUUCUUGCGUCGCACCAUUACUGACAGUAUCGCCGCUGGCUAUUCCAUCAUGCCGUUGACCCAGAGUCAGCUUUUCCUCAUGCGCCAGGCCAAGGAACCUGAUGUAGACAUCGCCGAGGGUGUGCUUGUCACGUACAAUGACCGACGGUGGUUUCGUAACCGUAGUUGGCGAAAGCCGUCGUUCUUCCCAAACAGGGGUGGUCACGGUGGUGACAGGGGUAGUCGCGGGUCGCGCGGUGGUAGAGGCCGUCGUUAGGGAUGAUGUUAGGUUCUCUGGUCGAUUGCAAAUCGCACUGGUCUUCGCGCGAUUCCUAGCUUCACUUG